UAAUCAUGAUACUGGUUUACGAAACUUAGCCUCUGAGAGACAGAGUGCUUCACACAGCACACAGAACUCCGAGAUCAACAAGUACAAUGGCAGUUUCCGAAAAUGAGCUCCCCGAGAAGAAGCCUUCACAGAACACAAAACAGAAGAAGAAGACCUGGUCGCCUUUUUUUAAAGUGGCUGGAUGUUUGGGAUGUUUGCUUGUUGUACCUCUUGGGAUACUGAUGCAUCCCAGCAACUCCUCAAAUGCAGAAGUUCAAGAAUCCAGUGAUGAGCUUCGGAUCCUGCUGAUUGGAAAGACAGGUGCAGGCAAAAGUGCAACAGGAAACACCAUCCUUGGAAGAAAGGCUUUUAAAUCUGAUGUGUCUUCUUCAUCUGUAACAACACAGUGUGAGAAAGCCAGUGGAACUGUAAAUGGCAGAAAAGUCUUUGUUAUUGACUCUCCAGGCCUGUUUGACACUCAGUUAUCUGUAGACGAGGUGGUCAGUCGGAUUAAGCUGUGCAUUCCAUUCUCAGCUCCAGGACCUCAUGUCUUUUUAGUUGUGAUUCAAAUAGGUAGAUUCACAGAGCAAGAAGAAAAAACAGUUGAAAUAUUUCAAGCCAUUUUUGGGGAAAAGUCCUCCUGGUACAUGAUGGCUCUCUUCACUCAUGGAGAUCAAAUAAAGGGAAAGAAUAUUCAUCAAUAUGUACGCAACAAUACAAAGCUUUUGAAUUUUACCAGGAAAUGCAAUGGAGGAUACCAUGUGUUCGAUAAUGAAGAUCAGAAUCCAGAACAAGUCAUCCAGCUCCUGGACCAGAUUGAUAAGAUGGUCACUGUAAAUGGUGGAGAAUAUUACACUACAGAGAUGCUUCAGGAGGCCGAGAGAGCGAUAGAAGCAGAGAAACAGCGGAUCCUGAAAGAGAAUGAAGCACAGAGAAAGAAAGACAUGGAAGAACUGAGGAAGAAGUUUGAAGGAGAAGAGCUUAAGAGAGAAGAAAAGAAGAAAACUAAGCAGCAUGAAGAGGAAGCAAGAGAAAAGGCUGAAAAGGGUUACCCUUAUUUUGAAAAGUUUAUUCAGCUCUUAUUUGAAAUUAUACUACGAUAUUUUGGAAUCACAACACCAGGCCACUUUUCAAAUGUCAACUUUAAUAAUUUCCAGAGCAAUUAUAAAUACAAGAUGGCAGGACAGCUGAAUCAGUACAUGGCCUGGCUUCUUUCUUCUAAAUUGCGGCUGCUCACAUGUUUUGUUCUUGUGGCAGGUUUAGGGAUUCAGGUUUGGAAGCUACAGAACAGCUCUGUGAGUGAACAAGUUCCAGAAUUUAGUGAUGAACUUCGGAUCCUGAUGAUCGGAAAGACAGGUGUGGGCAAAAGUGCAACAGGAAACACCAUCCUUGGUACAAAGGCAUUUAAAUCUGAUAUGUCUUCUUCAUCUGUAACAACACAGUGUGAGAAAGCCAGUGGAACUGUACAUGGCAGAAAAGUCUUUGUUAUUGACUCUCCAGGCCUGUUUGACACUCAGUUAUCUGAAGACGAGGUGGUCAGUCGGAUUAAGCUGUGUAUUCCAUUCUCUGCUCCAGGACCUCAUGUCUUUUUAGUUGUGAUACAAAUAAGUAGAUUUACAGAUGAAGAAGAAAAAACAGUUAAGCUAUUUCAAUCAAUCUUUGGAGAAAAAUCCUCCAGGUACACGAUGGCUCUCUUCACUCAUGGAGAUCAACUAAAGGGAAAGAAUAUUCAUCAAUUUGUUCGCAACAAUACAAAGCUUUUAAAUUUUACCAGGAAAUGCAAUGGAGCAUAUCAUGUGUUCGAUAAUGAAGAUCAGAAUCCAGAACAAGUCAUCCAGCUCCUGGACCAGAUUGAUAAGAUGGUCACUGUAAAUGGUGGAGAAUAUUACACUACAGAGAUGCUUCAGGAGGCCGAGAGAGCGAUAGAAGCAGAGAAACAGCGGAUCCUGAAAGAGAAUGAAGCACAGAGAAUGAAAGAGAUGGAAGAGCUGGAGAAGACUCUUGAAGGGAAAGCAUUGGAGGAAGCACAAAAGCGACUUAACGAGGGACAUAUAAGAGCCGCAAGAAUGGCAGCUGAGAGAAGCCCUUCACUGUUUGAAAUGUUAGGCAAUUUUUUAAAGAGAGUUUUCACAGUAAUAUGUGAGAAAGUCCAUGGAAGUGUGCACGGCAGAAAAGUCUUUGUUAUUGACUCUCCAGGCCUGUUUGACACUCAGUUAUCUGAAGACGAGGUGGUCAGUUGGAUUAAGCUGUGCAUUCCAUUCUCUGCUCCAGGACCUCAUGUCUUUUUAAUUGUCAUACAAAUCAGUAGAUUUACAGAUAAAGAAGAAAAACAGUCAAAUUAUUUCAAACCAAUUUUUGGAGGAAAGUCCUCCAGGUGCACUAUGGAGUUUGCGGAUGAUACCACCGUGGUUGGGCUCAUCUCCGGAGGGGAUGAGACGGCAUACAGGGCUAAAGUAGAGAACCUGUCCACCUGGUGCUCACGGAAUAAUCUGACACUGAAUCUGACACUCAACAUCAAGGCGUUGGUGAAGAAAGCUCAGCAGCGGGUGCAUUUCCUGCGGGUCCUCAGGAAGGACAACGUGGACAAAAAGCUGCUGAUGGCUUUCUAUCAUGCCUCCGUGGAGAGCACACUGACAUACUGUCUGGAGCAGAAGGAGCAGAAGAAUGCUAGAGAGCUGAGGAUUGUGCUGGUGGGAAAGACUGGAGUGGGGAAGAGUGCUGUAGGAAACACUAUCCUGGGAAAAGAAGCAUUCUUAUCUGACUUGUCUAGUACAUCUGUGAGCUCAGACUGUGAUAAAGCAAAAGGAAAUGUUAAUGGCAGAAAUGUUGCAGUAAUAGACACUCCAGGCCUGUUUGACACAGAUAUUUCAAAUGAUGAAAUUGCAGAAAGGAUAAAGACAUGCAUAUUUCUGUGUGCACCAGGCCCUCAUGUGUUUCUGGUGGUUAUCCAGCUGGGAAGAAUUACAAAAGAAGAGAAGGAAACAUUGGAGAUAAUCAAAGAUAUCUUUGGAGAAGGUUCCUUACAAUACAUCAUGGUGCUCUUUACACAUGGAGACAGGCUAGCAGGAAGUAAAAAGACUAUUCAUGAAUUUGUUGGAGGAAAUCCUGCUCUGACUCAUUUUAUCCAGACCACUAGUGGAUGUUAUCAUAUAUUUGACAACACUGUUAAGGACCUGAUGCAGGUUAACAUGCUGCUUGAACAUAUAGAGCAGCUUGUUACAAGAAAUGGUGGAAAUCACUAUACAAAUGAAACACUUCAGCUGGCUGAAAGAGCAAUUCAGGAGGAGCAGUUAAGAAUUCAAAGAGAAACUCAGAUGGAUGCUGAGCAAGCAAGAGAGAAAGCAGAAAGAAACAAUAAGUACAUGAAAACUGCUGCUGGCAUUGGGAUAGCUACUGCAGUUGCAGGUCUCACUGCUGCUGCAGCACUCAGAGGACACUGCAUAAUACAGUAGCUUAUUGAUCUCAUCUGACGUGAAUUAGACCGGACAAAAUUUAUUGACUUUAACAUAUAAGGACAUCUAGUUUAUGAAGGCUUUAAUCCAGUAAUAGAGGAUUAUCUACAGUAUAAUUGAAAUGUUUCUGACAUGGAGGUUAAGGCAGCUUCCUUUGUGAAUUCUAUAAUCCGUAAUCAAAAAUAAUCAACGACAUUUAUGGUGAGGCUGGUAGUAAUUUUUAUAAACAAUAUCAAUAUUAGAUAUCUUCAUUUUCUCUAUUCAGUGUAACAACUCUAAUGUAAUGGAACAAGAGUGUAUAUUUUCCGUGUUAUAUUUGUCAAAAACAAUAAAACAU